CUCAACCCGGAAGUACCCGUCUGACAACAAGGGCAGAAGCAGCUGCGUGCUAUCCUGACUUGUCAGCUCGGCAUGGCGGCUCCGGUGCUGCUGCUGUUGAGGGCUCUCCGCCCCCCUGUGUACGCGGCUUCCAGCAGGUUCCCGUCUCUGGAGCCAGUUCUCCCGCCGUCUUCAUGUGUGGUGUCCUCGGGGUGGAGGACUCCUCCUGCCCGGACAUUGCAGCUGUGUCCCGCUUUGUGUGCCGGACAUAACAAGUGGUCAAAGGUGAAGCACGUCAAGGGACCAAAAGAUGAGGCGAGGGGGAGAAUGUUUAUGAAGUUUGGUAUGAUGAUAAGAAUAGCUGUCAAAGAAGGUGGAUCUAACCCAGAGCUGAAUCUAAAUUUGGCCCACAUACUGGAGCAGUGCAGGAGCAAGAACAUGCCCAAAGCAUCCAUAGAUGUUGCAAUCAAGAGUGCGGAAAAGGCCAAACCAGCAUCUCAGCACAUGUUUGAGGCUCGGGGACCCGGCGGGUGUCUGCUGCUUGUCGAAGUCCUAACCGACAACAACUCGCGCACCCACCAGGAAAUCAAACGCCUGCUUAACAAGAAUGGGGGGAUGCUGUCAGACGGAGCCCGGCAUAACUUCCAGAGGAGGGGAGUGGUGGUCGUGCCAGGUCAGAACAUCACCACGGAGAGAGCACUGGAGCUGGCAAUCGAGGCCGGAGCCGAAGACGUCCAAGAGACGGAGGAUGAGGAGGAGAAGCCCCUGCUGCAGUUUCUCUGUGAUGUGGCUGACCUGAAUAAGGUGAGGGCCUCGUUAAAGGAGCUAGGAAUGGAGGUUUUAUCCGCUGGGUUGGAAUUUGUUCCCCGCACACACGCACCCCUGGACGAGGAUCACCUCGAUGCUGCUUCGAUUCUAAUAGAAGCCCUCAAUGACUGCCCAGAUGUAGUCAGAGUGUGGGACAACAUCCAGGCUCACAGCUGAGGACAGUCUCUGGACACUAGGUGGACACUAACUGUGGAAUAUUGGAGACAAAGGAUUUACCAGCUGAUACCUCAUGGAUUAGUGGGUGCCGAUACUGCAUGUUAGUAAGAACAGAGUCUUGAAAUUAAAAUUGAGAGUCUGAAAGUGUGACUGUAUUAGCCUUAUGGAUGUGGUCUCUAUGUGGGGGGAAAGCCAUCCUGAAAUACACUCUGCUGUGGGAAGUGAACUGCAUCUCCAUACUGACGAAAGAAUUCAUCAUGUAAGUUUGUAAAAGUUAUUAAAAGAGGUGUUUUAA